AUGCCCAACCUGACCAAGAUUUUAUUCAUUGGCAACAAUAUUGAGACAGUUGAAUCUGGGGCCUUUGAUGGUUUGGAGAAGCUGAGGGAUUUGGAGAUCUCUGGUGCCUCCUUAGAAGAACCAGCUGUGGGCACUUUCCAGAACCUUCCAAGCUUGCAAAGGCUGGAGCUGAGAGACAGUCGCAUCAGACACAUCCCCAAAGGCCUGUUUGAAGGGCUGGAGAAUCUGGGAGAGCUGUCCCUGCACAUCAAUGCAAUCCCUUCUCUUCCAGAAGGUAUUUUUGAUUCUCUUGCCAAUCUAACAUUUUUGGAUCUGGCUAGAAACAGGAUCACUGUUCUGCCUGCGGAUGUCUUCAGCAAACUGCCCCAGCUGCAAGUCCUCCGGCUGUAUGAGAACGAGCUGCAGGACCUGCCAGAGGGGCUGCUGGAUGCUCAGCGGGGGCUGCUGGAGCUCAGCCUGCAGAGGAACAGGCUCAGGGUGCUGCCACCCACACUCCUGAGGAACCUGACCUACCUGGAAAAGCUCCUCCUGGACAACAACCUCAUCGGGGUUCUCCCACCUCAGAGCUUCUUUGGUUUAAACAGAUUGAAGCUGCUGACCCUAGGUUCAAACCGCAUUACACAGCUCCCGUGCUGCCUUUUUGACACCAUGCCACACCUCAGGGAGCUGGACCUGGGCAGCAACAGUUUAGCUGCACUUCCCGAGGGCAUCUUUGUUAACCUCACAUCUCUCGGCAAACUCAUCUUGUCCCACAACCAGCUAGCAGCCCUGCCAAGGGGGGUCUUCACUGGGCUCAACAAGCUCUCAGACCUCCAGCUGGACACAAACCAGCUCUCUGCUCUGGAUGCCGAGGUCUUUGCUCCUCUCCCAAGUCUAAAAACCCUCAAUCUCCGAAUGAACCAGCUAGAGAGUAUCCCCCGAGGACUCUUGGACCCCCUGAAGAGGCUCAGUUCACUGUAUCUGAGUGGGAACCCGUGGAGAUGUGACUGUAAUCUCUGUUACCUGCACAGCUGGAUCCAGGGCAACAGUGAGAAAGUUAAACUGUCCUCCCAAGUGUCCUGUAAGACUCCACCUCACCUGGCAGGGCAAACAGUGACAUCACUGAGGGAAAACCAGUUGAUUUGCCCAGCUUCUCUGUCUCCUUCAGUUUCUUUCACCCCAUCUCUACUAUUCAACUUCACAUCAUCACAAGGGUUACCACCCUUGCUGCCACCUGAAGAUGUGCCCACUGCUCUAGCACAGACUACACUGCCAUCAGUGGCCUUUCCCAUUAUGGCACUGCCUACCAUGCCACUGCCUGUGGCUACCUCCUUCAUGUUGCCAACCAUGCCAACAGAGAGCUUCAUCACUGCUCCUUCACCAACCAUGCUGUCUAAAGACUCCAUCACCAUAUCACCAUCAACCAUACUGCUCAAGAUUUCUACCACUGCUCCAUCACUGCACAAGGCCUCCAUCACCACCCCAUCACCAUCUGUGCUGCCUGAGAUCUCUAUCACCACCCCAUCACCAAUAGUAUUGUCCAAGAUCUCCACUACUACUCCAUCACCAGCUGUGCUGCCCAAGAUCUCCAUUACCAUCUCAUCACCAACUGGACUGCCCAAGACCUCCACUGUUUCCUCAUCACCAUCCAUGCUACCCAAGAUGUCCAUCAUCACCCCAUCACCAGCAGUGCUGCCCAAGAUCUCCAUCACCAACUCAGAGCAUGCUCUAUCCACUCUAGCUCCCACCAUCUCACCAAUUCCAAUCCCCAUGUGGCCAGCGACCACCCAACAAGUGCCUCCUGCUCUUCCAUCACUCACAGAGAAUCCAGCAUCCCAUGUUCCUUCACUACAAGGCCACACGAGCCCCCAUCCAUCCUCCCCAUCCAUGGCUCCAGGUGGGCAUCACCACAGUGACUUCUCCCUGUGGGCCAACCCACGGCACUGCCGCAUCUCCCUUGCCCUCGGGCUGGCAGUGCUGGUGCUGCAGGUGGGUGCUGUGCUGCUGGGGGUGAAGCUCACCCUCCUCCUCUACCGUGCUGCCCAUGACCACAACCACUCAGUGCCACCAGUGAGGCUGCUGAGUGUCCAAGUGCUGGAUGCCGCACACCCAGGCCGGGCUGCUGAGCCGUAUCUCAGCGGUACAGUCCCCCAGGGGCGGGCAUAG